CCAAUCUCUAUCUUUCUUUCUUUUGCAUCUACGUCGUGAUAAAGCCAACAUGGGUUUUGCUAAUCUUUGGUACUCUCAUCCUCGUAAAUACGGCCAAGGUUCCAGAUGCUGCCGUGCCUGCUCUAACCGUCAUGGUUUGAUCCGCAAAUAUGGCUUGAACAUCUGUCGUCAAUGCUUCAGAGAAUACGCCAACGAUAUUGGCUUUAAGAAGUUGGAUUAAACCCCAUUCUUUGAUGACUACAAAACUAUGAAGGAAACACCACACCCCCUAUUCAUUGUGAUGGCCUGAGUCACCAUCUGCUGCAUAUGGGUUAAGGGGGGAGUUUUAAACUGUUAAAAAUGGGACUCGAUUUUUUUUUCCUCAUAUUGUUGGAAAAUCUUUUUCCAAUGUGUAAUAAAAGAACAUAAAAUCUA